CCGCCGCGCUCGCUCCACGCUCCGCCACCGCGCGUCCGCUGGCCCCGCAACUUCACCCGGCGCCGCAGCAGCUGGAGAGACGCCUGAGCGCUGGGGCCACGACUGUCACCCACCGCCCUUUCCUUGUCGGCUGGAGGAGCGAGCGAGCACCGGCUGUCCGCGGAGCCGAAGGUGCAGGGCAGCGAGGGGCGGCGCGUGGGUGCCGAGGUGGUACAUGCCACCCGGCACUAAGCGUCUCCGGACACCAGGAGCGUUCUCUGCAAGACUGCCAACCAGACUCCCAGAAAUCAUGCUGGUGGGAUCCCAAUCCUUCUCGCCUGGAGGGCCCAAUGGCAUCAUCCGGAGCCAGUCCUUCGCAGGCUUUAGCGGCCUGCAGGAAAGGCGAUCCAGGUGUAACUCCUUCAUUGAAAAUGCCUCUGCCCUCAAGAAGCCUCAGGCCAAGCUGAAGAAAAUGCACAAUUUAGGGCACAAAAAUAACAACACUCCCAAAGAGCCUCAGCCAAAGAGAGUGGAGGAGGUCUACAGGGCCUUGAAAAAGGGACUUGACGAGUACCUGGAGUUUCACCAGACGGAGCUGGACAAGUUGACCGCUCAGUUAAAAGAUAUGAAAAGAAACUCUCGCCUGGGUGUGCUGUAUGACCUAGACAAGCAAAUUAAAACGAUUGAGAGGUACAUGCGACGCCUGGAGUUUCACAUUAGUAAGGUAGAUGAGCUUUAUGAAGCCUAUUGUAUCCAACGGCGCCUCCAAGAUGGUGCCAGCAAAAUGAAGCAAGCAUUUGCAGCGUCCCCUGCCAGCAAGGCUGCCCGGGAGAGUCUGUCGGAGAUCAACCGCAGCUAUAAGGAGUACACAGAGAACAUGUGCACCAUUGAAGCAGAGCUGGAGAGUCUGCUGGGAGAAUUCUCCAUCAAGAUGAAAGGUCUGGCUGGCUUUGCUCGCCUCUGUCCUGGAGAUCAAUACGAAAUUUUCAUGAAGUAUGGCCGGCAGAGGUGGAAACUGAAGGGCAAAAUAGAAGUGAAUGGCAAACAGAGCUGGGAUGGAGAAGAAACCGUCUUCCUGCCCCUCAUAGUUGGGCUCAUUUCCAUCAAGGUCACCGAACUCAAAGGACUAGCAACUCACAUCCUGGUGGGCAGUGUGACCUGUGAGACCAAAGAGCUGUUUGCAGCCCGACCCCAGGUGGUGGCUGUGGACAUCAAUGACCUUGGUACCAUCAAACUGAACCUGGAAAUCACUUGGUAUCCCUUUGACGUGGAGGACACAACCCCAUCAUCGGGCCCUGGGAACAAGACAGCCGCUAUCCAGCGGAGGAUGUCCAUGUACAGCCAGGGCACCCCAGAAACCCCUACCUUCAAAGACCACUCCUUCUUCAGAUGGUUGCGGCUGUCUGUCCUGAGUGCCUUGAGAGACACUUUCUUUGCCACGUUGCACCACAACCACUCUGUCGGUGACCUGCCUUCCCUCAGCCUGAACCCCAAGGCCCUGCUAGAAUUCUAUUCAAAUCUGCCAGAUGACAUUUUUGAGAGUGGGCAGGCGGCAGAGGAGAAAAGGCCACUGUCCCUCAGCUUUAGUGACCUGCAGGACGGAGACUGCGUCUUCACCUCCAGUUCAGCCACCUCGCCGUCCAGUUCACACUCAGCCCACCCAGAGAUUACCAUCACCCCUGCCGAGCUCGCCCAUGGCAGCCUGUCCUCACAGAAUGAGGGUACAGAGGACAGCGGCUCAGCAUCUUCCAGGAAUUCCCUGGGUGAGGACCACGAGCCAAAGUCCCUCACAAAGAGUGACACAGAAGAGGCCCCGAAGCCUGCUGUGGCAGCAGGGCCCAGGGCAGAGAGCCUGUUCCUAGAGAAGAGUGUUGCCGAGGCGCUCCUGCAGGAAUCGGAUGAGGCCUCUGAGCUCAAGCCCGUGGAGCUGGACACGUUUGAAGGAAACAUCACCAAACAGCUAGUGAAGAGGCUCACCUCAGCCGAGGUGCCCAUAGCCACGGAGAAGCUUUGCUUUGAAGGCUCUGUUGGUAGCGAAUCUGAGGCUGGCCGCUCCUUUCUUGACGGCAGCCUGGAAGAUGCCUUCAAUGGACUCUUCCUUGCAUUAGAUCCACACAAGGAGCAGUUCAAAGAGUUCCAGGAUCUGAACCAAGAAGUCACGCACUUGGAUGAUGUCCUCAAAGAUACUAAACAUCUUGAGGAUCAGAGACUCAAUGAUGCUGCUUCCCGGAUGGAGAUCACUGAGUGCAAGCCGGCAGGCAGCCGCAGCCGAUCCUCCAGCUUAAGUCUGACGGUUGAGAGUGCGUUAGAAAGCUUUGAUUUCCUCAACACCUCUGACUUUGAUGAAGAGGAAGAGGACGGGGAUGAGGCCUGCCGAGGAGGAGGAGGAGCGGACUCUGUGUUCUCAGACACUGAAACUGAGAAAACGGGUUACAGGUCAGUUCACCCGGAAGCCAGGGGCCACCUUAGCGAAGCUCUGACUGAAGACACAGGCGUAGGGACCAGUGUGGCAGGAAGCCCGCUCCCACUGACCACAGGAAAUGAGAGCCUGGACAUCACCAUUGUCAAACAUCUGCAGUACUGCACCCAGCUGGUUCAGCAAAUCGUCUUCUCCAGCAAAAUCCCCUUUGUGGCAAGAAGUCUUCUGGAGAAGCUGUCAAGGCAGGUGCUAGUGAUGGAGAAGCUGGCAGCAGUGAGCGACGAAAACCUCGGGAACAUCACCUCUGUAGUGGAAGCCAUACCAGAAUUCCACAAAAAGCUGUCUUUGCUGUCUUUCUGGACCAAGUGCUGCAGCCCAGUUGGGGUCUACCACAGCUCCGCUGACAGAGUGAUCCAACAGCUGGAGGCCAACUUCGCCAAAACUAUCAACAAAGAAUAUCCAGGACUGGCAGAACCAGUGUUUAGAACCCUGGUGUCCCAAAUCCUGGACCGCUCUGAGCCCCUACUUCCCUCCUGCCUCUCCUCGGAAGUCAUCACCGUAUUCCAGUAUCACAGCUUCUUUACCAGCCAUGGUGUGAGUGACCUGGAGACUUACCUGAGCCAGCUGGCCAGACAAGUUGCCAUGGUGCAGACCCUGCAGUCACUGAGAGAUGAGAAACUUCUGCAAACUAUGAGUGACUUCACACCCAGCAACCUCCCUGCCCAACAGGAAGUUCUCAGGACCCUGGCUCUGCUGCUCACCAGAGAUGACAAUGAGGUCAACGAGGCUGUGACACUCUACUUGGCAGCAGCCUCCAAAAAUGAGCACUUCAGAGAAAAGGCCUUGCUCUAUUAUUGUGAAGCACUAACAAAGACCAAUCUCCAGCUACAGAAGGCAGCAUGCCUGGCCCUAAAGAGCCUGGAGGCCACCGAAAGCAUUAAAAUGCUUGUGACACUGUGUCAGUCUGACACUGAAGAAAUCAGAAACGUGGCCUCGGAAACCCUUUUGUCUCUUGGAGAAGACGGGCGGCUGGCAUAUGAACAGUUAGACAAAUUCCCUCGAGACUGUGUUAAAGUCGGAGGUCGUCAUGGAACCGAAGUUGCCACGGCCUUUUAAAUUUCGCUCUAACACUGCCUGACUGCUGUCCUGACACCUGGCCCUUGCCAUCCAGAGGGUGCCGUGCUGUGGCCAGACAGCACCUGGGACUUGCAGGGUGCUGCCGCUGUUGCCGGUGUAGAGAUCUCAAAGUCCAUUUGUGCUGUACUGCCUACUUUUCCUUGGCCCACAGAACGGGCUGUGCAGAACUCACCGAGGUUGUGUCUGAUGGCACUUCAAAGUCCAUCUUACUUUACUGUGAAAUUUGGAAGUAGUCCUCUUUGCACCUGUUUGGAAGUUUGUAAGCCUGAACUCCUCAUGUGCUACUUGGAUAAGUAUCAUAUGCCUUGCCACUUUUCUGCUGGGCUCUCAGGGUUAAGUGGCCCUUCAGCUACCUACUUUUACUUUACAAAACAAAGCACAAAAGAAAAUUUCUUCAAAGAAAAGUUUUCUUAGAUAACCUGGCAAAAUGAUCAGUUGUAAGAGACUAAGUUUUGGAGCUGAGGAUAUAGCCUCCUUGUUAGGGUGCUUGCCUGGCGUGCACGAAGCUUUGGUUCAUCUCCAGCACCACAUAGGCUGGGUGUGCUUCCCAUAUAAGCUCAGUGCUCAAAAGGGAAGGAAGUAGGACCAGAAAUUCAAGAUCACCUUCAGCUACCUAGGGAGUUCCCAGGGCAACUGUGGCGGGGAGGAACCUAAGGUUUGUUUUGUAUCUUAGUUUUUUUUAUUAUUAUUGUUGCUACUAUUUGUUUCAUUUUUCCAUCCAUCCUAAGAAUUUCCAUAUCAUCUACCCACAUGGUUUAAAAGAUUUAUUGAAAAAUAUGUGUCAUUAAGAUUGUACCUAUACUAUUAAAAGUAAACAAAAAACUUGAAGUUUAAGCUUUUGUUCCUUAACAAGAACCAUCUUUAUCACACUCUUGGUUUUUUAUCACAUCUUUCUCAUACUCUUGUUGUUUGUUUUUUGUUUUAUCUUGAAACAGUCUCCCUAUUGCAGUCCUGACUGUCCUGGAACUGGAUAUAUAGGCCAGUCUGACCUUGAACUUGGAACAUUUCUUCAGCCUCUGCCUCCAGAGCAGGAAUUACAGUCAGGAGCCACUAGGCCUGGUUCCACAUCUGUACUUGUUUUUCCCAAGACAAAUGCAAACCCCAAAGUAGAUUUAGAAAAAAAUGUGCUGUUCUUUCAGGCUGGAACCUGGAGCUUGGAUGAGUCCUAACUGGGUAGAAUAGUGGGGUAGUGGAAGUGAUCCUGCUUCUAUAAAAAUUGUCCAGGAGACUAAGAAGUGCCUGACCUUGAGAGAUGGAAGCCACCGCAUAGCUUCAAUAGCAGCUCAGAACCAGGGUGGAGAUUCAGCCACUUACUAAGUGUGGAAGGGGUGUGUAUGCCAAGACAUCACAACAAUAUGUGUGAGUACAAUUUAAACUGUAUUCUGGAUGUGUUUGUGUAAAAUACCAAUUAGAUAUUAGUUUCAAUAUUUACAUUUUAGCAAGACUUUUAAAAGGGUUUGUUUCAUUUUAAAGUGAAAUUUUGCCAGACUUCUGGCAACAUAUUCUUUCAACUGUGAAGUUCCACUGUACAUUUUUGUAUAUUUGUAAAUACAUAUAUGCAUAUAUCCCUCACUUUAAAGGUACACUGUACAGUUAAUAGUAUAUAUAAGCUAUAGUCUUUGUUAAUGGUUGAAAUGUCUCUUUUAUAGAAAGUCAAAUCACAACUACUAUAGGACUUUGGUUUGUUUGGGAUUUGAAACUUUUUGAAUAUUGCAUGGAUAAUAAUUUUACAUCUUUUGUAUUUACCUCUGUGUUUUAGUUUUGGUUGGGGAAGUGCUUUUGGUUUUGUGGUAUUUGUAUUCAUCACUCUUGCAAUCAUGUAAGUCAAAAUAAAAUUAUUUUUAAUUACUA